AUGGUGUUCUCAGUGGAGCUGCUGGAUAGAGAAGGAGGCGAGAUUCGUGCAAGCUUGUUCAACGAAGCUGCGGAGCAGCACUAUGAUCUCAUGCAGUGCGGAAGAUGCUUCACGCUGUGCAACGGCAGCGUGCGCCCUGCCCAGAAGAAGUACAGCGUGCUCAAGCAUGGCUACGAGCUGGUGUUCGACGGCAGAUGUCAGAUACACAUGGUAGACGACGACGCUGACAUCGGAGCAGUGCGCCUCGCCGUGCAGAAGAUUGCUUCAGUGACACAGAUGGCUGUGCCUAGCAGCGUGGAUAUCUGCGGAGUCAUCGUUUCAGGGAGCACCCUCAAGAGUUUCAGACCAAAGAAGGAAAAGCUUUAG